AUUAACUGUUCACCCUUUCCUUAGAUGGCCAUCGUAUUAUUCAAUACAGCUGACCUCCAAAGUAUAAGUGCCAUCCUUACUGGCCAACAUGCAGACUGAAGCUUCUUUUUUCUCCCUUCCGCGCGAGGUGCGUGAUCGCAUCUAUGAGUUUUAUCUCGCCCCUGAUUACACCGAUUUCGGGGACACGUUACGCCCGCAAUUGAUCUAUCUAGACGGUCCCCCUUACCAACGCCCCCUACCUACUUUAAUGCUCUCAUGUAAGCGUUUGUACCGAGAACUGCACUCCAUGGUUCACAGGCAGGCCGCUAUCAGAGUCAUUAUGCAUGGGUGGAAUGAGAGACGGAUCGGAUUCGCCGUCCACGGAACCCUUCGCCUGGACCGGCUAGAGAAGCUCUGGUUCCUAGUCGCCAUGGAGCGUCCCAAUUGGAAUCGCUGGUUGCCCUUUUUCGGAAAGCUUACCCUGAUCGCUACUAAGCUAGAAGUCUUGGUUAUAGACUGGGAACCUAGGCCCGUCACCUCCGCAGGCUGGACAGGUCGGGUAAACACGAAGAAGGAAGACGAAUUCUUCCAGGCAUUGGCAUCCCUGAAGCAGCUGCGUCUUAUCCAGGUGCAUGGCGAUGUCACCCCUAGGUGGAGGGAACAGCUUGAGAAGGUUGGACCGCACGUGGUGUACCAUCAUUUCCGCUGGUGGAGGGAACCGGGAAUAGACCAUUGAUAAAGAUCAAAAUUGGGUAUGGCCGUCCUUGAGGAGGGAGAUGUUAUAUGGAAAUAUUCGUCUAACGGGUGGAUGGAGGUGUUAUUGCGAAUCCCUGCUUCGAUGCCGGUAUCUCACGAUCAGAAUAUUGCCCCACACAGGAGCGAUUUGCCGUUUUAAGGUCUACAUCAGUUCUAUUCAAGCGCCUCCUAUUUAUAGGUAGCUUACCACUUGUCGAAUACAUCUGAACCCGUUUUCCCCUCCGUCCAAGUAUCAAUUUCCUCAACCUGUUCAUCCCCGAUGGCUAUUUUCAAAACUACAAGAGGUCUCUCGCGAGACUCUCUCCGCGCUAGAGAAAAGAGGACAGCACACGCUGAGAAUGAUAACUAGGAAAUCGACCCAUGAGCUUCGCGACCCUCGCGCGCCGUCAAGAAAACUGACGACGCAGCUGACACGUAAAAUCGUAGAUUUAUUAGCGGGAAGGUAAGCGGUGUAAUUAUUUUCGGCCAAAGUUGACAUAAUC